GAAGAAGUAAAGAAUGGAACAUUCCCAUUGUUAGUGCAACUUUGUGCCGGUGUGAGGCUGGGGAGGGAGAGCAGCUGCUCGCACUCGUACACCGACACUUAAGUUUGAAUUUGAUGUUUUUACGAGCUUUGUGUAGGCAGUGCACAAUCCUCCAGUGGAGGUGAACCAAAGCCGCCCUCCUGUCUGCGAGCGGCCUAGGGUCGCUGUUCACCGAGCUGAGCCUGAGGUGAGGAGCGAUAACAUGUCUGUUACCAAGGCAACGGUUUCAGCCCGCAGAGGUACAUCACUUACACAUCACAGGCAAAACAGUUAUGAGUAAAGGACAAGCUGUAGUCCAAAAUCCUUCCGACUCCUCUGAAACCUGCAGCAGCUGCAUGAACGGUGUACUGCAGUACUCUGAUGAAUCUCUUGCGACCUACAGUGGUGAGAAUGAGGAGAGUCUUGAAUCCUACAGUCAGUCAUUUGAAUCCUAUCAGUCUUUCCAUGAGGACUUUGAGCAAGAAACAGAAUCAGAAAUCUCUGCAAUCAAAUCUGAAUUGGAAUUUAUGUCACCUCAGAGUUUCAAAGAAGAAAUAAAAGAAGAACUUGUCUGCUAUGAGGACUCUGAAGACCUUCUGGCGAAAGAAAAAUUCAUAGAAAAGCUCCUUGGUGUAUUAAACAGUAACAGAUUUGUUUCUACUUCCUAUUAUCAAAAGAAAAAAUGCACAGAGUCCUGCGGUGAGUCUAUUCAGCCAAUCCUAAUAGAGUCAGCACCUGUGCAGAAAUACUGCAGCAUGAAAAUUGAUCAGAUUCAACAGCGCAUUCAACAGGAGCAAUCAGAGCCUAAUAAGUAUGGAAUGCAACAUUUGACCAAGCCAUUGGGAAGAGAAACUGCUCCUCAGCAAAACUGCAUAGUGCCCCAGCAUCUGAUAAAUCGAGUAAGGCUCAAGUACAUCACAGAGACGGUCAAGCAGAUUGUUCAGACAAAUGUGCACCAACCCUCCAGAUGUGCUGCUUGUUUGAAAGAGAUCAGUAAACUGGCAGAACACAAUUUUUUCCGUGUCAAGCAGAUACAAUUGGAAGAAGCUUCUCUACAGGAGAAAAUAGAAGAACAUAUUUAUACCAAGGAUGGAAUUACAUUGAUUGGAGAAAUACACAGCAGCCUUCCAAAGUAUUCCGAUGCUGCUUCUUUGGUCUGGAAGAGAUUAUUUGAUAAAAUAAAUCUAAAAUAAUGAUGUAAUGAUUGAACCUGUCAAAGCAAGAAGACCUUUGAAAACGGUCAAAGUAUAAUAAGAAAUGGUUACUGAACCAAAGUCAUCUUUUCCAAACACUUAAAUAAAGGUUGUUGAACUAAUCCUGCAUCAGACAACAACAUCACUUGCCACAUAGUCUAGAUGGUGAAUAAACAGCAGAGAAGUCAUAUUUAUAAACAAGUGAUGAAAUUGAAUUUCAGUUUCUUCAUUAGAAAUUGUAUUUCAUUAGAAUGUUUUAUCUUCUACUUCACACUAUUUAUACUUCAAAGCAUCUCACAACAACAUCUCACAGCAUAUUAUUACAUAUGCUCUCACUGCUUCAAGUUCACAUUGCCAAUUUAUUUUUCCUCCCACCCUGUGCUAUUUCUCCAUCUGUCCCUUCAGGUAGAAAGGUUUUGCAAUGUCUAUUUCAUCUUUUUUAGUUUUUUUGGCAUCCUGAAGAUAACUUGCUUUAACUUGCUUCCACUCCAGUUCAUUGCAUUCUGAGGUGACUGUUGAAGUGUUGUGUUUUCUCAGGAGAAUUUCCAAACAUUCUUGAAUCAUUCAUGUCCAUUGAUGAUUUUGACCAGAGCCUUUGUUUUCUGAAUAUGCUACAGCCCAACAGAGAUGACUAAAUGUAAUUAGGAUCGCAGUGUUAGAGUUGGCCUGAGAGAGGACACCGGUGAUAGUUUGUUUACUCUUCCAGUAGAUCCAGAAGAUUUUAUUGGGACUUCCCUUGUUUUGAGGUGCCUGCUGUAGGCAAUCUAAAUCUCAUGAAACAUAUAGGAGAUCAGGGAUUAUUGGAAGCCAGUGGAAGAAGAGAUUUGUGCUAGGUUUGAGACCUUAAUCUUCAAGCAAUAUUUUACUCAGUUGGUUAAAUUUCCAUUGGUAUGUGCCCUUGCUGAGAGGUUACUCUUGUCAUGAUGCAUUUGGGAGGUCGUGCAAGUGAAUCAUUAAUGAGGGAUCUUGCGGUGCAAGAGUAGUUUUCUGAAAGUGAGAACACAUGUAGGUAGGGUGGUGAAGAAGGUGUUUGGCAUACUUGCCUUCAUUGGUUGAGGAAGUGAGUAUGAGUGAAAGUCCUGCUGCAACUGUAUAAAAACUAUUAGGCUAAAAUAGCUUAUUGUACGCAGUUCUGAUCACCAUUACACCAAUGAAUUCACUGGUAUAUUGCCUGGAUUAAAAUUUCAGAGUCUGAAAGGUAAUCUGAUAGAAGUAUAUAAAAUUAUGUGAGGUUGAUAAUUAUAUUAUUUUCUCAGUGUGGAAAUACCAAAUUCUAAAAGGCAUAGUUUUAAUGUGAGAGGAAACAUUUAAAGGAGAGUUGUGAGACAAUUUUUUAAAAUACAGGACAUGAUAUAUAGGAGGAGCUGGCAGAAAUACAACAAUGCUUUCAAGGGGCAUUAAAUGGACACAUGAACAGGCAAGGAAUAGAGGGAUAUGGAUCAUGUGCAGGCAGAUAGGAUUGGUGUAGAUUGGCAUUGUGGUCAAUGCAGGUGUAGUGGGCUGAGGGGGCCUGUUCCUGCGAUGUACUGUUCUAUGUUUUCUGUGAGAAGUGGUUCACAUUUUUCCUGAAUCCUUAUUGUUGGAGUGCAAGUUAAUAAGAAACCUUUGUCUUGAAGAUAUUAAAAGAUAGGCCAAUCCUCUUGUAUUCUUCAGCAGAUGAGUCAAGAAUUUGUAGUUUAGUCUCCAAAUGCAUUUGCUUUUUUAAAAUUGUAGCUUGAAUGCUGAGAUUACACUGACCUUUGUUCUGGACUAUCAGAGCCACACUUUUUCAUAUUUUCAUAUUCUUCCUGUAAGUUAGCUCCAAUCUAGUAGGAAAAUGGAUGGAAGUGAGGACCAGCAUUACACUGCGCUUUUGUUUAGAAUAAUGUGGAUACCUGUGUGAAAAGGCCACAGAGGUGGAAACUAAUGAGUGUUACACUAUAAGAGCUGGUAUUUGGAAAAGUUCUUGGACAGGCUUAGAGGGAAAUUGGCUAAAUGCGGACAAACAGGACGAGCUUAGUUGGGAAUCUUGGUCUGCAUGGACCAGUUGGGCCACAGGACCUGUUUUUAUGCUGCAUGACACUGACUAUAAAUAUCCCUUAGUUCUAAAAGUGACCAAAUUUUCCUUUAACUAGUAGAAAAGAUUCAGAAAAUGAUACUUGAGGAAAGAACUUAACUGAACUUAGUAUUUAUUUGUGAGAAACUAAAGGACAAGGGUAUAGGGACUGAAACAGUCCAAAGAAAUUCAGUUGGCAUUGGUCCCAGGAAGGUUAAUUAAAUUGCUAGUAUUUUUCUGGAAAUGGGGUCAAGAGAGCAGAAGAUGAGUCUCGUGGACAAGGUGAAAUCAGUGAG